AUGUUCCAUACUCCUUUAAUGAAUAAAUAAAAUUUAACAUAUAAAGCCCUUUAUUAGAAACAAGUUUAAAAAAUUCAGAAUCAAGACAAGGAUUUAAUCAAAAAAUCUGAAUAAAUCCUCUUUUUAAAAUAUAAAUUAGGUGAAUUAGAAGGUAAAUUAAUCGACACACAAGGAAUUUUAUUAAAUCUAUCAACUAGACUUUGUACAUAAAUUAGCACAGAAAUGAAUGAAAUCUUAGCAGUUUAACAUGUUAGGGAAAGAAAAUCAAAAAGCUUCUUUAGUUUUUAAAAACCAAUAAAACACAAUAGACAAUUCAUUACAUCUUUAAAAAAAUAGAAUAAUUGA